GUUUUGGGGUAUUGUAUUAUAUUCACCAUUUUCAGACACACCCACCAGAUUUGACCCAUGGUUGCUGAAGAUUGGUGGUUUGGGAUCGACCAUCUGUGGGAAAUAAAAGCAAACGUCAAUGCAGCAGCAAGCGUCAAGUUCUUGAUCUUCGACCUUGGUUCCUGCUGUGAUUUUUGCAUGUUGCCUUUUGGCUUAGCUUUUUGAUAGCCUUCGGGGUCUUCUGUUUGUCGGGUGUCCAGUCCGAAGAAAAAAUGGCUCGCCAUGGACGACGCAGCGUGCUGAGCGUGUGCCUGGGUGCCGCAGCGUUGGUGCUGUGCUGGCAGAUGGUGUCGCCUGCCUUCAUUCAGCCCAAGCAGAACCGCGGCUUGGAAGCGGCUGCCCCUGCUGCGCUGGGUGCAUUGGCUUCCAUGGCAGGAACCAUGCCAGCUGAGGCCUUGAAGGGUCCCCUUGCUGGCACCGACUUGUGCACCAAGCCUUUGAUCUACUUCAUCUACCCGCUGUGCGACCCUCUGUUCUUGGUGUGCCCCCUCUACAACUUCCCCUUGGUCUUGGGCUUCUUCGCGGCACUGGUCACGGUCAUCAACCUGAUCCUGCCUGAGACGCAGCCAGAUGAGGAUCUCCGUGUGGGAUAGACAGCUGGUCAUGGUAGGUCGUGUUAGGCCGUGCCGACACAGCGGCACAUUCUCCGAAUCGUCCCAUGGCGAUGGCAAAAGACAUUCAAUUAGGACAUCUGAUCCUGAUCAUUUCUUUAGAGAUGCAGGAUAUAAAA